AUGGUCGUCGACCCCGGAGCGUCGUCCAUCACGGUCGCAGUUCGAGUGCGACCAUUUACGAUCCGAGAGGCUGCUCAAUUGACACGAACCGAUGAGGGUACCAUGUUCUUGGGCGACGGCUCUCUUGCCGCUGCGCCUCCCAAACUCCAGACACGCGGUAUUCGACCCGUAAUCAAGGUUGUCGACGACAGGUGCCUUGUCUUCGAUCCUCCUGAGGACAACCCAGUUCACAGAUUUGGCCGAUCCGUCGUCCCCAACGGCAAGAAAGUCAAGGACCAGACCUUUAUGUUUGAUCGAAUCUUCGACGACAAUGCCACACAAAACGAUGUCUACGAGGGAACAACAAAACAGCUGAUCGACAGCGUUCUGGACGGAUACAAUGCUACCGCUUUCGCUUACGGCGCAACCGGCUGCGGCAAGACACAUACCAUCACCGGUACAUCGCAGCAUCCUGGUAUCAUCUUCCUCACCAUGCAGGAACUGUUCGAGAAGAUCCAGGAGCGAAGCCAGGACAAAACCACCGAGGUCACCCUGUCCUACCUCGAAAUCUACAACGAGACCAUCCGCGACCUGCUGGUCCCCGGAGGCAGCAAACAGGGAUUGAUGCUCCGCGAGGACUCGAACCAGGCCGUGUCGGUCGCUGGACUGACGAGUCACCAACCCAAGGACGUCCAGGAGGUCAUGGACAUGAUUGUUAAGGGUAACGAGUAUCGCACAGUCUCCCCGACCGAAGCCAACGCAACAUCCUCGCGAUCCCACGCCGUCCUCCAGAUCAACGUCGCUCAAAAGGACCGCAGCGCGUCCGUCAACGAACCACACACCAUGGCUACUUUCAGCAUCAUCGAUCUCGCAGGCAGCGAGCGUGCUAGCGCCACAAAGAACCGCGGCGAGCGCCUCAUGGAAGGUGCAAACAUCAACAAGUCCCUCUUGGCUCUGGGAAGCUGUAUCAACGCCUUGUGCGACCCACGCAAGCGCAACCACGUACCAUAUCGCAACAGCAAACUCACUCGACUGCUCAAGUUCUCCCUCGGCGGCAACUGCAAGACGGUCAUGAUUGUCUGUGUCAGUCCUUCGAGCGUGCAUUUCGACGAGACGCAAAACACCCUCCGAUACGCGAACCGAGCCAAAAACAUCCAGACCAAGGUCACCCGAAACGUCUUCAACGUGAAUAGACAUGUGAAGGAUUUCUUGGUCAAGAUCGAUGAGCAGAUGGCGUUGAUCAACGAGCUCAAGGCGCAGCAGAAGGAUGCCGAAAAGAUCUUCUACGCCAAGUUCCGCAAGCAGAUGGAGAAACGCGACUCCGUCGCUCGCGAGGGAAUCCAGCGUAUUCGUGCGGCGUACGAUAACUCUGGCUCUGAGCGCAAGGACAAGAUUCACAACAUGAAGAAGCUGAGGGCUUUCGAGAGGCGAAUCGGUCUCCUUUCUGCCUGGAUUGCGUCCUUCGACACCGUCUGCGACACAAGGGGAGAGGAAGACAUGAUGCCCCCGCCUCUUGUUGCCAUCCGCAAGACUGCGCAGGGUAUCAUGGUUGAGUUGGAGCACAGCCGCCAGCAUAUUCACCAGAAGCUAGAGAAUACCAAAUGGGAGCGAGCCAUCGAUACCGCGCUGCAUCACAGCCUGCAGCAGUUGCCAGGAGGUGAUGCUGAUAGCGCCGAGGUGGACAGUCUGACCCGCGAGGCAGAACUUCUGAAGUCCAACUUUGGUCGGGAAGCCAACCGGGAGGUUCUGGAGAUGGACAAAGCAGGAGAUGCCGCCAUGGUGCAGGUUCUUCUCACGGCCCAGUUCGACAUGCUUGCUUCCCUCGCCGAUACACUUGCCAUGAACGAAGAGGAUGCGGUCGCGCACGCGAAGCAAAUCAUCAACCGACUGUUGGAGGCUGGCUUCUCAGCCGCAUCCCAUAUCGUCAAGCCCGACGGUGCGAAGAUCCCCAUCGAGAAGUUUUCUCCCACCAAGAAGGGCACCCCGAAGCGCAAGAAGGCGGUUGUGAACCACAUCGCGCCUGUACCACAGCCUGCCUUCGUCCCGGCCCCCGAGCCUUCGCCGCAAAAGACGCACGCAUCACCGCUCAAGUCCUCACCCCGUCGUAAGAAGGCAGGCGCUCCGCGAAGUCCUCGUAAAGGGGUCUCUUUCACGCCCGUGAAGAAGAAGAUGGAGUUCAAGCGUGCGGUUCGCUGGAGGGACGACGAGACGGAGCAAGGGACCCUAGCGGAUUACGACAAGACGCCGAAGAAGUACGACUCGACACCAGAGCAGAGCAACUCCCCCGAAAAGUUCGGCCCCCCGUUGAGGAUGCCCGCGCUCCCCUCUUACCUGCAAACGGACGACAACACCACCUCUUCCAUCUCUGACUCCAGUCCCACGCUGGAGCUGCCCGAGACCUCUUCCAUGCCGAUGGCUAAGCCCAACAGAUUUCAGGCUGGGUUCCUGUCCAAGGGGGCGACCCGCGUGUCAUCUGUUGGUUCCAUGUCCGGAUCCCCGACAAGUCUUCCGAUCAUGUCGGCUUCUUAUGGUUCGUCGCCGCUCUCUGACAGCGGUCGCUCCGCUCCUCUGCGAGCCCUUGACGUUCACCGGUCCUCCAACCUCUCUCCUCCAGCCUUUCGCUCAAGAAUCGCGAGAGCUAGCCCGCCACCCAGGACCUCCCUCUCAGGAAACGGCCUCUCUGCUGACGAGAACAAUCCGCCCUCGUCCCACGCGGCCUCCGGUUCCGACUCGGAGUCUCCUAGCAUCGACCCCAGAAAGAUCCGAAACGCGUUGCAGAACAUGAAGAAGGUUCGUGGCGACCAUCGCCGCAUCUCUUCCGUGUCGGGUACGGCGUCGUCGAACGCAAAGCGACACUCCUCCAUCAACUCGAAUGCUUCACACCACAGAGCAUCACUCAGCUUCUCCGGUCCCUUGGCUAGCAGUACUAACGGUAUCUCGAGAAACCGACGAGCUAGUGCUGAGCGGAGACUCUCGCCACCCAUUACGUGCUCGCCGCCUGACGUCCGAGGAGAUCGGGCAUUCACUGCUGGUCAAGCCAGAAGAAUGCACCUCGGAGGCAGUUUGAGGGGAGACGGAGGAAGCCCACAGCAACACAGAGUCGCUAGCGCCGGGUUCGGGAACAGGCGCAUCACCAUCGGCAGUCUCGCGGCCAAUGGCAAGAUAGAGAAGGCAUCCAGACCGGCGGUGGCCGGCUGGCGUUGA